AUGGCAAAAAGUCAAAAUAAAUUAAACAAAACUUUACGAAAUGAUGAUACCAACCAUUUAUCACGUGAAUCUUGUAUAUUUCCACAGUCAACUUCAUUUGAUUUAAAGAUUACAUCGUUUAAAUUAACUAAUGAUUUUCUAAUUUAUUCAACAAAUCAUGGUGAAAUAUUUCAUUUCAAUAUUUCGAAUUGGAAUUAUGCGAAUAAUUAUCAACAUAAUUGUUCUAUACUUCAUAUUUUUCCUAAUGCAAUUGGAACACGUGUAGCAUUUGUCGAUGAGAAAGGUUUGGCUUUUAUUUAUAAUCCAGCUAAUGGUCAACUCAUAGAAAUUCCAGAAUUUUGCCCCUCAAUAAAUAAUAUUUUAUGGGAUUUAGAAGAUACAGAAAAUCCUUUGUUAAUUGCUUACGACAAUUUACGAAUCAAUGUUUAUCGUUACUUUAUGAAUGAAUGUAUACUAAAUAACUUAUCAGUAGUAGCAUCAUCAAGAAAAGUUGAUGAUAUGUUGAAGAUGCCGACGAAGCAAAUUACUGAUGAAAUUCAAAACGAUUCCAUUCUCAUUACAAAUCGUAAUAAAAAUAUAAAUAAUGAUGCAAGUAGAAGUAACAGUGUAACAUCAACUAAAUUUAGUAAUGAUAAAGCUGAUUAUAACAAAUUGGCUACUGGAGCAAUAUUUGGAAAUUGUCAUUUCAUUGGAGUUACACGUCUACCGAAUAAUCAUUUACCAUUGUGCAGUAUAAAUGGUGAAUUAUGUAUGCUUAGUCCAACUGGACGCUUAUUAACUCAAUUAUUAACAACUCAUCAAUUUCGAUUAUAUACUAAAAGAAAAGGAUUAAAUAUUGAUGAAAAACAUUUCGAAUUUACCGGAAUAAAAAAGUUAUCCUAUCAUGAUAUGGUUACCUACUUUGAACAAGCUUUAAAAUCUGGCUGCUUUGAAGAUGCUGAAUAUUUGCUAAUCAUCUAG